UUAUGCUGACGAUGAUGAUGAAGAUAAUGAUGAUGAUGAUGUUGAUGAUGAUGAUACUGAUGAUGAUGAUGAUGAUGAUGAUGAUGAAGCUGAUGAUGAAGCUGAUGAUGACUCACCAAUAAAGAUGCACAUAAUGAUGAUGAUGAUGUCAGAAAUGCUGCUACUGYUGCUGAUAAUGCUGAUGCUGAUGCUGCUGCUCCUCUCUGUCCUUCUGUUGCCCAGCACUCCCGCUGCCACGUUCUUGAUGCUGUUGAUGAUGGCAACGGUGAUGACUAAUCUCGUUACUGAUGAUGAUGAUCAUGGUGAUAAUGAUAUUGAUGACAAUACUAUUGCUGCUGAAGCUGAUGAUACGAUGAUGAUAUGCUCCUGUAGAUGCAAUGUAGAUGGAGCAGAAAGAAUGACGAUCAUUCGAGUAGAAGCCUCCCCCUUGUAAUGAGCACUUGACGGAACUUGGAUUCUCUCCUCGAAGCCCUCCCACUCACUAUCCCCUGACAAUCCUCCUCCCACUCCACGGGACACACUGUACUCUUCUUCUUCUCACGCCGAGCCGACCUCCUCCACCAAAAGUCGCAAGAUGAAGAGCACUAGUGAUUACUCCUAGAGUAAUGCCCAAAUAACUUGAAAUAAGAAGUACCCUCCUUCAUCCGGCAUGCUAUCCUGUAGCAUCACUCGUUUGAAGCGCAAAGUAGAGAGAUGGCAAUAGACCUGCUUUCAAAAGUCAGGAAACAGCAGGUGUUGAGGUUGAAGGCUUAGAUGCCAUUCCAUCCCCCCGUCGUCCUCAUCGUCCGACACGCUUGAAUUUCAUGGCGCGCCCUAGAACUUCGAUAUCUCAUGAUCCGCUGGACCGUUUGGUCUGAAAUUUGGACCACCUCAGCUCCUCAGCGUAGACCACCGGCGGUCCAAUUUUCAGCUCAGGGCGCGCGCCCAAU